CCGAGGUGUCGUGCGCAUGCGCAAAUGCCGCAUGGCUGGCCAGGCACAGCUGAGCUGACCCGUCUGGAGAGCAUUGCUGCAUCCUCAAAGGAGCGACCAGGAUGGUAGACGGCUGUCUUAUUAACAGAGCCAGCUCCUCUCCAAGCUGCUGAUUGGUCGAGGCGUUCUGAUCUACUGACUCCUCCCAUUUCUUCCCCUCUUCGAAGUCUGGAGCUUAACUAGACCCCGGGAUCAAUAGAACCCCUUUUAUAAAUGUGUCUUCAGCCUGAGCUUACAGCAGAAGACAGGAAGUGACAAAACAGAAAGAUGGAAAGUUCAGCAGCAGAGUCCCGAGCCGAGAGGAUCGCUCGCUACAAAGCCGAAAGGAGGCGGGAGCUGGCGGAGCGCUACGGAAACCUGGAGGAGGAGCUUCCAUCAAAGAGGGAGAGGGAAGGGCGUGGCACACACCGUGACUCCACCCGCUCUGGCAGGAUCCAAUCACAUGGAGUUAACAGAGACGUGAAGUUAUGUGGCAGAGCUCCCGCUGAGGAAGAGCAUAUCACCAAUGGAUGCAACGGGGAUGCUAAACCCGAGAAGUCCAACCUGCACAGGCAGUGCGUGUUGGAUUCGUCCAACAUGCCGGCUACGGAAAAUCAUCCUGACUCAGACUUGCCGCAGCUUCACACUCGCGUAUCAGUGGGUGAACUGAAAAAGGCCCUGCUGCAGCAAAGCUCAAGCUCAGCUGCCUCUGCUAAAGUAGCUGAAGAUGGAGGCUCUGACUCAGUGACCGACCCAUCGGUGAAAGCAGGAUCUGAUGGCGGUCGUCGGCGUACUCGCCGCUACUUGCCAUCAGGAGGGGCCGGGACCCGGAAAACCAACGAGCGUUUCCGGACGCAGCCAAUCACGGCCUCCGAGAUGCAGGACAGCUGCGGAGUCAUGGAUAACGCGGAUCAAGAAAACUCAGCGGACGUGAAGACGGACGCGAGAGCCAUGAUGAGUGUUGCUGCCAAGAUGUCUCUGUUUAAAGAACUGGAGAAGACUGCAGCUCCUGAAGCUUCCUCUUUCCUGAGGCCUCGUUCCAGUGGCAGCUUCAGGGACUCUCGGGGUCGCAGAGCCCCCACUCAGCCCAUCAGCUCUGAAGCAACUGGAGUAACACACAGUAGCUCUCAUGUUGCUGUGCCAGGUGAUGCCCAGCCGGAGAAGGAGGAACAGGUGGAGGUUGAGCAGGACGACGCCAGCUCCAAGCUCUCUCUGAGUGAGAAGCUGGCACUCUUUAAUAAACUCUCUCAGCCAGUCAUGCCGAGAGCUCCAGGGGCUCCUAGAGGGCCAGGAGGAAACAGCGGUUCAGCAGAUGCCUCAGAGAGACGCAGGCAGAAGGCACGUUACCGCACUCAACCCAUCACUGCAGAUGAAGUCAGCCUGCUCAAUAUGCAGAAAGACCCUGUCCAGCUUCCUUCUCUGCAUCUGCCCUCUGGUCUCUCUGAGAGGCAGCAGGCUGAAUCCAUCAACCUCAAGCCCAGCGAAGUGCGUCUCUCCAGCUCACAGUCCAGGCCAACGGAAGAUCAAACACCAAAGCCUGCCGUGCAGGUCAAGGGCAUCCUGAAGAAGACCAGCUCUGAAGACGGGGGCUUUAAGGAAGAAGCCAAGACAAACAGCAUACCUACUGGACAAAAACUGCUGCAGAACGGACAGCGGAGCGACAAGAUUACGCUUGUUACAGCAGGAGAAUAUUCCCCAGCUCCACGGUCUACUGCCCCCUGGAGGCAAAGAGUGAGGAAGGAUGUUAGCACUUCGUCUCAGAGAUGUCGCAGGCCCGUCUCCAUGACUGAUGACUGCAUGUCAACACCACAGAGCGUGAGAGACGGGUUGUCUGAAGUUCAGGGAGGUGCAGAAGAACAUGAGCAGAGGAAUGGGAUGACAGAAAACAAGGCACCAAAACAGGAAGAGAGCAACAUUGCACAUGAGCCUGCAGCUCAGUGUUGGGAGCCUGUCUAUUCCUCUAUUUACUCUCUUUCUAGCACUCCCUCUCAGUACAAGAUGUUUUUUAAUGAGAGAAGUCUGUCAUAUGAGGCUCAGGAGGUUUCCUCACCUACUCAAACACAACCAGAACCACAGGCACAGUAUAGAGAUAAGGAGAACUCUGUGGAAUAUGAAGAUUUCGUGGAGAUGGAGGAUGAGACAAUAUCAAAGGGUUUUUACGAACCCCAGCAGCCCGUUGCCAGGGAGAGAGCCAAAAAGGUCGCGACCUCUGACGCUCCCUCAUUCCCUGAGUGUCAGGGUAGUGCAGGAGACACAGAGCAGGACCUGAGCACUGUCUGCCAGUCAAACACUCACAUAUUGAGCUCUGCAGUAACAGAGCAUCGCCGCUCGGUCCGGCCGUCCCGCCGUACUCAGGGUUCUAGGAAUCCCUUACGUGCUCUCGCAGCCCGCAACGACAUCAUGCAGGACUUCAUGCAGGCCCAGGAUGAUCCCGAUGCCAUGGAAACCAACAAAGCUGAAAAGAAUCACAGCUCCACUAACGCUUCAUCUGCCAAGUCUGUCCCAAACACUGUACCCUACAGCAACCUGAUGCUAAUCCUUGUGAAAGGAUGUAGACGUGUGCAGGUGCGCUUGGUGGAGCCGGUAGCUCGCUCGCUGAACAGCGGGGACUGCUUCCUGCUGGUCACCCCAUCACUGUGCUUCCUGUGGACAGGGCAGCUGUCCAACACCUGUGAGAGAGAGAAGGCCUCUGCCUUGGCCUCAGUGGUCGUGUCCCAGCGGGAUCUGGGUUGUCAUGCAACCGAAAUCAUUCACCUGGACGAGGGAUUAAACACCGAUGACCCACAGGCUGCAGACUUUUGGGAACUUUUGGGAGGAAAAACCUCUUACAGUGGCUGUUCAGAUGACGAUCAGCAGUAUGAGACGGCCAUAACGGAAUCAAACUGCGUGUACAGCCUACAGGGAGACAGACUCCUCCCACAUGAACAGGGCUGGGCCUCCAUGCCACGCCUCUCUCUGCUAGACUCCUCCCAGAGCCUGCUGUUGGACUUUGGCAGUGAGCUUUACUUAUGGCAUGGGAAAGAUGUUUCCCCCAGUGACAGGAAGCUGGCACUACAUUUGGCUCAGCAGGUGUGGAGCGGAGAUUACGACUACAGCAACUGCAGGAUGAACCCUCUAGACCCCUUCGGGAACAACACCCAGAUUCAGAGGAAAGGCGUGGGUCGGCCAGGCUGGGCUCUGUUUGGCCGUGUGUUUGAGCAGAACGAGACCGUUCUCUUCAGGAUGAAGUUUGCAGAUUGGUGUAAAAAGACGGAGGAUGUGACUCCUAAUGGACAGGAAGCAGUCAAGCAGACUUCUUUUCAUGUAGACUGUCCAGCUGACACAUGGUCAUGUGAUGCCAAAGCCUUGUUUGCUGGAAAGUGUGUGUCAGGGGCAGAGCCUAUCAUUCUACACGGUGUAGACAUACAGAGAGGGAUGGACUUGGUCACUCUUGGUGAUGGCCAGCAGGCGAAUCUCAGCACCGUUUCUGUAGAAAGUUGGCACACUGGCAUGGGAGAAGUUUGCAGAGUGGCUUCAGAGAGCUUGGGGCAGUUGCAUGAGGACAACACGUACGCUAUACGCUGGACGUACCGUCUCAGUACUACCAAAGGCAUCUCUGAGGAUCAAAGUUUGGACCAGGAAAAAUCCGCCCUUUUCAUCUGGCAGGGACGGCACUCGCAGGUCAACCAACUGGACCUGUCCCUACCGUUAUCCUUUGCGAAUGAACCUCAGGUGAAUUUAAAGGAAGGGGAGGAGCCACCAUGUUUUCUGCAGCUUUUCCAAGGAGGCCUGGUCAUUCACAGAGGACACAGCAAACACACAGGUGACUGGCACCUCUUUUGUGUAAGGGGUGCUGUGCCUGUAGAGGCCAGUCUGUUGGAAGUGGAGUGCUGUACCUCCAGUCUGCGCUCUCGUGGUUCUGUUGUUCUCAUAAACAUCCAGCAGGCAGCGCUUUUCCUGUGGCACGGCUGCAAGGCCCACGCUAGUGCACGUCAAGUGGCCAAACACACCAUCCAGCAGCUCACACACACGCAUCCUCCUGAGAUGGGAUUGAGCAACAGCAAUCUGAACGUUCAGGAAGUAGAGGAAGGGGCAGAGCCUGCAGAGUUCUGGAAUGCUAUUGGGCCACAGGAUAGGAAGGCUUAUGACUGCAUGCUGCAAGAUCCUGGCAAAUACAACUUCACUCCCCGCCUCUUUCACCUGAGUGCCCAGUCAGGAGUGUUCAAAGGGAAGGAGCUGAUAUGCGCAUCCCGGGCAACUGGGGUCGUCACAGCAAUGCCUUUUUUUCAGGAAUGUUUAUACUCCGUGCCACAGCCAGCUCUGUUCCUGCUGGAUAACUCAUUGGAAGUUUAUCUAUGGCAGAGCAGCUCGCCUCAGAGCUCACAGCGCCCCCACUGGGACAUGGAGAGGAAAUGUGCCAUGGAAACGGCGCUUCAGUACUGCAGAGAGAGAAACCCCAGACGGCCCCCUAUGGCUUAUUUUCUUGAGGAAGGAGCCGAGCCUCUCACCUUCACUAAUGUUUUCCCAUCCUGGGAGAGACGAGUAACACAGGCACCCUCAGUUCAGAAGAAGCUAACGUUAGUUCAGGAUGCACUGGCUCUCCUCAACGGGACUCAGUUCUCUGUGCAGGAUCUACUAAAGAGGCCUUUACCAGACGGUGUGAACCCUCUGCACUUGGAGACUUAUCUGUCUGACCACGACUUCCAGGUGGUUUUAGGAAUGAAGAGGAAAGACUACAACUCACUGCCAGAAAUGCAGCAGCUGAACCUGAAAAAAAGCAAAGGCCUUUACUGAAGCUGCGUUUGAAAGACUACUGAUGCCGAACCUGAACUACUGAAGCAGUUAAAAUUUCUAUGUUGUUAAAAAGACAUUUGUAGUCCUUGUUUUUUGGCAUAAUCUUAUUUUCUUGUUACGUCACCCCCUUUUCCAUGUACAGUUUGAGUGCUCUUGUGUGUCUGUCUUUUGAGUAUUGUUACUUUAGUGCCUUACAGAAAUUCUUCCAUUGAUUUUAGCCAAAAGUCGAGGUGCCUGGGGAGGACUGCCUGCUUACAUGCACUCAACUCAACAGCUUUCGACUUCCUGUCUCUUACCAGCUAAAGCUGUUCUGUUUUCUUUCUCCUUCCUUUCUCUUUCUCCACUUGUUUCCAUCUUUUCUCAUCUCCAUCACUAACCUUUUAUUCCAGGCCUGGGGGGGGGAGAAAUAUGAAUAAAAAAAAUCAAGUUGUUUUACUGACCUGGAAUUAAAUCUGGUAUCUCUCAUCAGCUAUAAUAAGAAAUAAAUUGGAAUUAAAAUG